GUGGAUUUGAGCAGGGGAGGGCGGCAUGCAGAGAUUUUAGAGAUUGUGGGGUCCCUGUCUGUCUCCCUGGUUCUCACCUCUUGCCUAUAAAAGCAUGAAAUAUAUGUUUCCACCACUGUUGUAUUUCACGCGCAAUUGCAUGCAGCAGGUGUCAAGGACUACAUCGAUCCAUUCAUUGAGGAUAGUGGCAACGUUGAGGUAGAAAUGGCUGAAUCGAUGCUCAUCUUGAGAAUGUGUUCCAUAAUGCUGGUCCUUGGUUUUUCAGAGGCCAAAAUGGAAAUCAUCACCCCCAAACAAGAUGUGUUGCUGGGUGAGAAAGCCAUGCUCCUCUGCAAAGCUGGUGGGGAAGGAGACAUCACCUGGCAGAAAGAUGGAGAGGAUGUUGAAGGUGACCAGGUUGAGAAAGUGGAUGAGACAUCGUCAAAACUGUUCAUCAGGGAUGCCAAGUUGGAGGAUGCAGGACUGUACACAUGCUUAUGUGAAUUUGACACCGGUGACAGAGAUCAUACAUUUCAGACCGUCUUUGUCUACGAGCGGCCAUCCUUCGGGGAAACACUGGCCUACCAUGAGUUCCUGGAGGGUCAAGAUGUGGUCAUCACCUGCAUGGUCACUGGCAAGCCGGAGGUGGAAGUCAACUGGGAGAGGGACCAUGAGAAACUGCAAUCUGAAGCAGGUCGGAUCACAAGACUAAAAGACAACUCUCUACAGAUCAACAACAUCAACAGGAAGGAUCACGGAACAUAUACCUGUGAGGCUAAAAUCAAGGACCGGCCCAUUUUUGAAAAGCUCGACAUCUCCAUCUCCGUCAACGUUCCCCCCACAGCGAAAAUUCAUGAGGAGGUGAAGAAAGUCACGGCUGGACCAGAGACCAAUGUCUCCCUCAGCUGCCUGGUCGAGGGAGUCCCCCAACCGAACAUCAUCUGGACAGUCCCAGAUUCUUCAGAUGAGUCCCGCUACAAGUACAACUCAGACAAGAGCGAGCUGAUUAUCUCGUCCGUUGUCAGGAGCGACUACGGAGAGUACAUCUGCACGGCCAAGAAUAAAAUCUCAGAGAGCAGUGCCAUGAUCAUGCUGGAUGUCUCAGAGCAUCCUGUAGCAGUGCUGAGCCAGAAGAAGAUGGAGCUGGAGCCAGGCCAGACUCUCUCAGUGUCCUGUAACGUCUCAGGACAGCCUAUGCCCGCGCUGCAGUGGGUCAGGAAGACCAACAAUGACCACCUGCUAACAGUGGACGCUGGUGGAGGUCGAGUGAGAAUAGAGGAUGGCUAUGUCCUGGUAGUUGACAAUGUGACGCCCUCAGAUGGAGGGCUGUACAGCUGCAUAGCUAUCAGUCCUGCUGGCAACGCCUCCACAGACUUCAGCCUGCAGACCUGGCCAGGUAAAGCAUCCCAGGUAAGUGGCACCCCAGGGCCCACAUCGGUCCACUUCACCCUGGGUGCUUCCCUGGUGGACGGGGGCUCUCCCAUCACCCACUUCACCCUCCAGUGGAAGACAGGACGUGAGAACAAUUGGCAGGAGAGAGUCAUCCAGUCCACAGACCCCCUGGUUAUCACAGAUCUGAAUCCAUACACCACCUACUCUGUCCGGUUUGCCCCACAGAACCACCUGGGUCAGGGAGGCUUCUCCGAAGAGCUCACCGUCCGCACACAGGGCAUACGGGAACCAGACAGCCCAGUCCUGGUGGCCAGCGUGGGGAAGGUUGAGGGCAAUAUGUUCUCAAUCCCUUUAACACAGUUGGACAACGGAGGCGCCCCCAUUAUCCACUACACUGUCCGCUACAGAGUGAAUAAGGUGGACGAGGACUGGAGGGAGAAGGACCUGCCGUCCAACUCGACAGUGAUCAACCUCCAUGACCUGCAGUAUAAAUCAGACUACCACAUGGAGGUGCGAGCCGUCAACCCCUACGGCUCCUCUAGCCCCGUCAAGCUGAACUUCAGCGUCCCACAGCCUGUAGCCAAGAUGAAUAAGGGUGGGAUGGGGAAAGGGGCUGUGGCAGGCAUUGUCAUAGCCAUCUUCUUGGCGCUACUGAUCGCUGUGGACGCCACCUGUUGCUACACCAACCACUGCGGCAUGCUGAUGUUCCUGGCUGUCAAGCUGUUUGGGCAGAAGGUCCCUGGGAUGAAGACUGUGGAGGAGGGUGAUAGCACCUCUAAUGGAGACUUGAAGUUGAAUGGGCUAGGAAUACCGAGGGAUACCAUCCCAAAGCUGCAGACACAAAAUGGGGAAAAGAAUGGGUUGCAGGCGGAGGUCACGUGCGACAAAGCACCCCUCACCAAAUUCGAGAAGACGUCCCCCAAUGGAGAUCCUGCCACAGAGGCCUGAGUUACUGAACAGGAAGUGACAUCCUAGUAUCUGAAGAAUGGAACCUGUAAAUGUCAGUAGAAAGGAGGAAGUAUUGUGAGUUGAGGGGUCUUAGUUAAAUGUUUUUGGAGAGUUCCCAGGACAGUCCAUGUUGAGAAAGGAUAUGGAUUAGGAAAGUUAUCUGUGAACUGUAAUGUCUAACAUUAACAGAUUGUUGUAAUUUCAUCCAGCCCUGUGUAAUCUCAUGUUAAGUGUUACAUUUCCUUGCUUUUAUGUUUCAGUACAUUCAUGUUAUGUUUCAGUACAUUCAUGUUAUGUUUCAGUACAUUCAUGUUAUGUUUCAGUACAUUCAUGUUAUGUUUCAGUACAUUCAUGUUAUGUUUCAGUACAUUCAUGUUAUGUUUCAGUACAUUCAUGUUAUGUUUCAGUACAUUCAUGUUAUGUUUCAGUACAUUCAUGUUAUGUUUCAGUACAUUCAUGUUAUGUUUCAGUACAUUCAUGUUAUGUUUCAGUACAUUCAUGUUAUGUUUCAGUACAUUCAUGUUAUGUUUCAGUACAUUCAUGUUAUAUUUCAGUACAUUCAUGUUAUAUUUCAGUACAUUCAUGUUAUAUUUCAGCACAUCAAGGCUGCUGUAAAUUGUCAGGGAGACCUUUGUAGUUCAUUAAUUGAAUCAUAACUCAUUAUUUAUUAAAGUCUAUAUUCACUUUAAUCUGCAAAACAAUCUGUAAGUGACAUAUCAUUACUUAAUAAGGACAUUUUAUCCUAACAUAUUAACAAUAUACAGCAGGGCUGCCCAACCCUCUUACUGGACAUCUACUGUCCUGUAGGUUUUCAGUCCAACCCUAAUUUAGCAUAUCUUAUUCAGCUAGUUAAGGUCUUGUUGAGCAGCUAAUUAGUAGAAUCAGUUGUGUUAAAUUAGCGUUGGACUGAAAACCCACAGGACGGUAGAUCUCCGGGAAGAGGGUGGACAGCCCUGAUAAACAGUAUACAGCAUAAUCACAUUAACAAAUAACAACGUGUCAAAAUUACAUCUCUUCAAGUGUUGUAAUCAUGAGGAAUAUACAGAGCUCAUAUAUUACAGAGCUAUAUGAUGUGCUUAUUUUUUAAAUAACCUGUUAAAUUGCAAAUUGCUCAUAUAAUCAUUUUAUGUUUGUAUUUGUUUAAUUAUCAACAUUUUUACUGUUUAUUUGUACAUUGUACACUGUACAUUGUUUGUACAUACACAUACAGUAUAACAGCUAUGCAUUUUGCUAUUUAAAAAAUGUGCCUUAAAAACAUGCUGUUUUUUAUUCACUUUUCUUGAGUUUACCAUACUGUAGGCCUUGUGGUCUAGAUAUCAAAGUUCUCUGACCACCUCACUGUGUUUGUAGUUGGCUGUAGUUAACUGCAUCGUCAUCCUCUGCCUUGUUAUUCCGCUGCCUCCUUUUAAGGGGAACAAGUUUUAGUGCAGAGCUAUAUUUGUAUUUACCUAGUAGUUAUUACUAUUUUACAGACACUACGUGAUGUAAGCCUGUUGUUGAAUUGUUGCGUACACAUUUUUGCAAGUUAUUAUGCAAUUGUUUUGAGACAUUAUUUUCCUUGUGGAAUUUACUUUGAACGUCUCACUCACUCUGGUUAUUUACCUGGGUGAAGGAGCACGGCUGAUAUUGAGCUCUGCGUAGUUCAUGUCAUUAGGAUCAGUGAUUGGCUUGGCUGACCGUCUCAUGUUUUCAUAGAUGUCCUCUGGUGUAGACAAUGUUGCUUUCUGUAUAUAACAGUCAGAAUACAGUCAAAAUACUGAG